ACACUGCCAUAUCACAAUGCAGUCUAUAAAUAAGGCCUGCCGUCGCCUCCUCGCGACAGUCCAAGUCCGCCGCGGAUCCCGAGCGCCUCGACAUGAAGCUCGCCGUCGCCGCCCUCGCCGUCCUCCUGGCCGCGGCCCUGGUGGCUGCCGACGCCGAGGCCGACGCCACUGCCGCCGUGCAGAGGGCGUUGAAAAAAUGCCAGGAGACGAGCAAACUGUCAGUAGACCAACUAAACCAGGCUUGCAUGAGCACGCUACCGUCCGAUGAAACUCAAAAGAGGGCGUACAAGUGCUUCGCGAAGUGCGUCCAGCAGAGAGUGGGCAUUAUGUCCGAGGAAGGUAAAAUCGACCCAGAGCGGUCGCGCGCCCUGGUCCAUCCCUCACAGCAGGAACAGAUGAAGGCGAUUGCCGAGAAGUGCCUGGGUGAUGGGGAGACAGACCUCUGCGAGAAGGCCUACAAGGUGGACCAGUGCUACAACAAGGAGAACGAGAAGAUGUACCAGGAAAACUGCAAGAAUCUCAUCAGAACCAUCACAAAAGAAGCGUAAUUGUUACUUUUAAUUAUUUUUUUAAAUAAGAAAACAUGAAAGCCGAA